CACAAGAAGGAAAGAAAAAAGCCGAGAAAUCGCGGUGGUGGCUGUAGGCUAACACGACCCCUCUUCGCGAGCGCUCAGACGGCGGCGCCUGCGUCGCCAUGGUGGGCAAGGACUGCGUCGCUAUCGCGUGCGACCUGCGGCUGGGCAUGCAGGCUCUGACCGUGUCGAACAACUUUCCCAAGAUCUUCCAGUACGGCGACGUCUUCCUCGGCCUCACCGGGCUGGCCACCGACGUCUCCACCGUCGCCGACCUGUUCCGCUACAAAGUCAACAUGUACCGCCUGCGUGAGGAGCGCGGCAUCGCCCCCACCACCUUCGCCAACCUCGUCUCCUCCUCGCUCUACGAGCGCCGCUUCGGCCCCUACUUCGUCAGCCCCGUCGUCGCCGGCCUCGACCCCAAGUCCGGCCAACCCUUCAUCUGCGGCUUCGACUCUAUCGGCUGCAUCGACUUCGCCAAGGACUUUAUCGUCAGCGGCACUGCCUCAGAGCAGCUCUUCGGCAUGUGCGAGAGCCUCUGGGAGCCCGAUCUCGCGCCCGAAGACCUCUUCGAGACCAUCUCGCAGGCCCUGCUGAGCGCCGUCGACCGCGACGCCCUCUCCGGCUGGGGCGCGCACGUGUAUAUCAUCGAGAAGGGCAAGGUCACCAAGAGGUUGCUGAAGGGUCGGCAAGACUAAUUCGAAAAGAAAAAUCCGACAUGCGGCGGAAGGGGAACAACCCGCCAACAACAAAUAGUUAUUCAGAUAUUAAAACCCCGCUCUGCGGAGGAAGAGGAGAGUGCCCUG